AUGGGGGAUUUCAAUGCAGUUUUAUUAGCUGCUGAUAGGGUAAAUGGCAAUGCAGUUACAGAAGGAGAAACUAAGGAUUUUGAUAGCUGUAUGGAUGCUGCAGGGUUGGCUGAGCUUAAGAGUUGUGGGAGUUACUAUUCUUGGAGCAAUAAGGGGCAAGGUAACUUGAGAAUCUGUUCCAGAAUAGAUAGGGCCAUUGCUAAUGCAUUGUGGCAUUCUAAGUUUGUUGAUGCUGUGGUGGAUUAUUUACCUCCAGGAAUAUCUGAUCACUCACCUCUGGUUAUGUCUUGGAUGGGAUGUGUCCUGUCCAAGGGGUGGAUCCAUGUUCAAGUUUGGACUAAGCUGAAAGCAGUAAAGCAAGGAUUGAAGGAGCUACAUCAUAAAGAUUUUGCUAAGCUUGAUGAGAGAAUUGAGGGGUUAAGGGCUGAUUUGGGUCAAAUUCAGAUUCAGUUAGCUUCUUGCCCUACUGAUAGCAAUGUGCAACAAAGUGAGAGGGAUUGUAGUGAGACUCUUAAGAAGUUCUUGCAUAUUCAGGAGAGUGCAUAUAGACAGAAAGCAAGAAUUCAGUGGUUGCAAGUAGGAGAUUCUAAUUCUAAGUUCUUUUUCAGUGCAAUGAAGGAGAGGAUAGCUAGGAAUAGCAUUGAUAUUUUGUAUGAUGAUUCUGGGAAGAAACUUAGCACUACUCAGGAAAUUCAGGAAGAACUUAGCUCUUUCUAUAAGAAGUUGAUUGGUACUGCAGCUAGCUCCUUGAUGGGUGUGGAUGCUGGAGUGGUUAGGAAAGGGAAGCAGCUUUCUGCUGCUGAUGCAGAAAUGUUGGUGGUUCCUGUUUCAGAUGCAGAAAUUGAUGCAGCUAUCAAAGGUAUUGAUAUCAAUAAAGCCCCUGGGCUUGAUGGUUUCAAUAGCUUGUUCUUUCUUAAAGCUUGGGAGAUUGUUAAUUAUAAAUAUAUAGAUACCUAUCUACGCAUCUAUGCGUGCAUACUAGAUAAAACGACGUCGUUUCUAGAUUAA